AUGCACCAGUUGCCUCAACCGACAACCUCCAACUUCAAUCGUGAUGAUAAAAGUGGGAAUCCAAAGAAAUGGACGAUCACCGGCAACGUAAAUGAAAAAGGUUUUCCACUCAAAACCCUUGUGGACUGGCUCAACAAUGGUAUCAACUAUGCCAAAGAAGUUUAUGCAAAGAUGAAAGAAAGUCAAAUGACCGAUCUUGAAAUAUUUCGAGCGGAGCUAGAGACAUACUUGCAACAGAACCAGCUUCCAAUAAACGGACAACCUCACAACACCAAUGCAAAUCUGAUUGCGUUCGCCACCAACAUUGAAUUGGAAACACAAGAUUUCACUUUCGUGGAAUGUAAAAACGUGAAUUCCGCGCUUCUCACUUUCAAAUUCAAGAUGUCUUGUUUACAGGAAGUUGACAAGUUGCCAUACAUGCUCUCGCUAAAUGGAAAGGAAAACCUUCUUAAUUAUGCUGGAGAAAACAUUGCCGGAUUGAACAGUGCUCAACUCUACGUGAAGGCUCCAGGAUCCAGAACCAGCAUUCACCCAGAAAACAGUACUGUCGCGUCCUUCAAUCACAAUAUCGGUCCCGGCGAUUGUAUUUGGUACUGUGUCCCAUUAAGUAGAUCUCUAAUAAACUAUUCAAAUGUCUUGUGUGAAACAUAA